AGGGGGGGAGACCGUAGUCGGCCGGGUUAGGAGAGAGGAGAUAGCGGAGAAAUAGUCCCAGCUGCACGGAUCAGCCGGAGAUUGCUAGGAGGCCGCCAGGCGCGUUGUCUCAGGAUUUCGGCUGCUCCCUGGGCUUUGCCCCCCUCGGUAUAAGGGAAGAUGCCGGCAGUAUCCAAGGGGGACGGGAUGCGGGGCCUGGCCGUGUUCAUAUCUGACAUCAGAAAUUGUAAAAGCAAAGAAGCUGAGAUAAAGAGGAUUAACAAAGAGCUGGCCAACAUUCGCUCUAAAUUUAAAGGAGACAAAGCUUUGGACGGUUACAGCAAGAAGAAAUAUGUCUGCAAGCUGCUAUUUAUCUUCCUGCUUGGCCAUGAUAUUGACUUUGGUCAUAUGGAGGCGGUGAAUCUGCUGAGCUCCAACAAGUACACAGAGAAGCAAAUUGGUUAUCUCUUUAUUUCUGUUCUGGUGAACUCAAACAGUGAACUAAUUUGGCUAAUUAACAACGCCAUCAAGAAUGACCUAUCCAGCCGCAAUCCUACGUUUAUGAACCUGGCCCUUCACUGCAUUGCCAAUGUGGGCAGCAGAGAGAUGGCAGAGGCUUUUGCUGGAGAGAUCCCAAGAGUUCUGGUUGCCGGGGACACAAUGGACAGUGUUAAACAGAGUGCCGCCCUCUGCCUGCUGCGUCUGUACCGCACCUCUCCGGACCUCAUGCUUACUACUGAGUGGACAUCUCGAGUGGUGCACCUUCUUAAUGACCAACACCUGGGCGUGGUCACAGCUGCAAGCAGUCUUAUCACUACAUUGGCACAGAAGAACCCAGAAGAGUUUAAAACAUCUGUAUCAUUGGCUGUGUCCAGACUGAGCAGGAUCAUCACCUCGGCUUCUACAGACUUGCAAGAUUACACGUACUACUUUGUUCCCGCUCCCUGGCUGUCCGUGAAGCUAUUACGGCUGUUGCAGUGUUAUCCUCCCCCAGAGGACCCUGCAGUCCGUGGCCGACUGACUGAGUGCUUAGAGACUAUCCUAAACAAGGCACAGGAACCCCCCAAAUCCAAAAAAGUGCAGCAUUCCAACGCUAAAAAUGCUGUGCUGUUUGAGGCCAUCAGUCUUAUCAUUUACCACGACAGUGAACCCAACCUGCUGGUCAGAGCUUGCAACCAACUGGGCCAGUUCCUACAGCAUCGGGAGACCAACCUCUGUUACCUGGCGCUGGAGAGCAUGUGCACAUUAGCCAGCUCCGAGUUCUCGCAUGAAGCGGUCAAAACGCAUAUUGAAACUGUCAUUAAUGCACUGAAGACAGAAAGGGACGUGAGUGUCAGACAGCGCGCGGUGGAUCUUCUGUACGCUAUGUGUGACAGGAGCAACGCUCAGCAGAUUGUAGCAGAAAUGUUGAAUUACCUGGAAACAGCAGAUUAUGCCAUCCGGGAGGAGAUUGUGCUAAAAGUAGCAAUUCUUGCAGAGAAGUAUGCUGUGGAUUACACCUGGUAUGUAGACACUAUCUUAAACCUCAUCCGAGUUGCAGGCGACUAUGUCAGCGAGGAGGUCUGGUACCGCGUCAUCCAGAUAGUGAUUAACAGGGAUGAUGUUCAGGGUUAUGCAGCUAAGACCGUCUUUGAGGCUCUUCAGGCUCCUGCAUGUCAUGAAAAUCUGGUGAAGGUCGGAGGGUACAUCUUGGGCGAGUUUGGGAACCUCAUUGCUGGUGAUCCUCGAUCCAGUCCAUUAAUUCAGUUUAACUUGCUGCACUCCAAGUUUCACCUGUGCAGUGUGCCAACCCGGGCACUACUCCUCUCGGCCUACAUAAAGUUCAUCAAUUUAUUCCCCGAAAUCAAACCCACUAUCCAAGAUGUGCUACGGAGCGACAGUCAGCUCAGGAAUGCGGAUGUCGAGUUACAGCAGCGAGCCAUAGAAUACCUGCGUCUUAGCUCUAUUGCCAGCAAUGAUAUCCUGGCCACCGUCCUGGAGGAGAUGCCACCAUUUCCUGAGCGAGAGUCCUCUAUUUUAGCCAAGCUGAAGAAGAAAAAGGGUCCAAGCACAGUGACCGAUCUAGAAGAUACCAAGAAGGAGAAGAGUACGUCUGAUGUGAAUAAGGGCACUGAGCCCGCCCCUGUCAGCACAGCGUCCACCCCCUCCCCGUCUGCUGACCUGUUAGGCCUGGGGGCACCUUCCGGUUCUAGCCCUGCUGCACCUGCUUCCUCGACUGCCGGGAGCCUGCUUGUUGAUGUCUUUGCUGAUCCUAGUUCACCCGCUGCUGCUGUUUCUACAAGUACAGAUGAGAACUUCCCAAGGUUUAUUUGUAAGAAUAAUGGGGUCCUUUUUGAGAACCAACUUCUCCAAAUUGGGUUGAAAUCGGAGUUUUGGCAAAAUCUUGGCCGGACGUUUAUCUUCUAAGGAAACAAGAUGUCUGCUCAAUUUCAGAAUUUCACUCCAACUUUAAUCUGCUCAGAAGAGCUAAGUGCUAGCCUCAAUCUGCAGUCCAAGACGGUAGAGUCCACCAUAGACGGAGGUGCUCAGUUGCAGCAGGUGGUGAACAUUGAAUGCAUCCAGGAAUUUGUGGAAGCCCCUGUUCUAAACAUUCAGUUCAGGUAUGGAGGAGCAGUCCAAAACGUUUCAGUGAAGCUGCCCAUCACUCUAAACAAGGUCUUUCAACCCACAGACAUGGAGGCUCAGGACUUCUUUCAGCGCUGGAAGCAGCUUAGCAGCCCAAACCAAGAGGUGCAAAAUAUUUUUAAGGCUAAACUUCCUAUGGAUUCAGAGAUCACAAAGGCUAAGAUCAUUGGAUUUGGCCCUGCUCUUUUGGAAAACGUGGAUCCAAAUCCGUCCAAUUUUGUGGCAGCUGGAAUUAUUCAGACAAAAUCCCGACAAGUGGGAUGCCUGCUGCGACUUGAACCUAAUGUACAGGCCCAGAUGUAUCGGCUCACCAUACGCACAAGUAAAGAAGAGGUGUCCCAGAGAUUAUGUGACCUGCUCUCUGAGCAGUUCUAAUUCCUCCUCGUACUGUUACCAAAACCAAUGUCUUUGUGAUCUUUAUUCCUGCCUUCCAGUUCCUCAUCAUCUCAGUGACAAUAAAUAUUCCUUAUACCUAAAAAAAAAAAAAAAAAA